GUGGAAGAUCAAUUGACUGCUCUUAAAGCUGAACUCGAACUUUUGAAAACACAAUGCCCUAAUACAGGGGGAGAAGAGGCUGCUCUACAGUCUGUACGUCAGCUAGCGUGCACUCCAUUUCACCUUUGUGACCCCACCAUGAUAUUAUCGGUGAUACAAAACCUUUCCGACGUGGCUCGAUGCAACAACCACCCCAGGUCGGCAGAGUACGAGGCCAUCCUCCGCCAGGUCAGACCUCUUGCCUAUCGCCAAGAAUUUGGUGACAUAAUUCGCUUGUUAGGAACGAAGGAAGAAACCACAGUCACUUCAACUAUUGCAAAAAUGGUUAAAGGAAGCAACCGAAUCGCCCCUCCUGUGAGGACUUUGUCUCUGCAACGAUUAGAGAACAAGCCCGGAUGGGCUCUUUGA